AUGCCCCGUGUCUUCCUGGUUAGGAGUCGGCGCCCGCAGCCCCCCAACUGGGGUCACCUACCUGACCAGCUCCGGGGAGAUGCCUAUGUCCCAGGCUGCAGCAGCCUCGGGGGGCUGCCGGCACACCAGCCUUCCAACCUGGGGGACUCAUGGGUGGCGCCCACACAGGGCACUCUGGCUGCCACGUCCAGGGUCUCCGGGACACUUGGCUGCCCCCUCUGCCCCAAGGCCUUCCCACUGCAGCGCAUGCUAACCCGGCACCUAAAGUGCCACAGCCCUGCACGCCGCCAUCUGUGUCGCUGUUGUGGCAAAGGCUUCCACGAUGCCUUCGACCUCAAGCGUCACAUGAGGACUCACACUGGGAUCCGACCAUUCCGCUGCGGAGCCUGCGGAAAAGCAUUUACCCAGCGCUGCUCACUGGAAGCACAUCUGGCCAAGGUGCAUGGGCAGCCGGCCAGCUACGCAUACCGCGAGCGGCGGGAGAAGCUGCAUGUGUGCGAGGACUGCGGCUUUACCAGUGCUAGGCCCGAUGCCUACGCCCAACACCGCGCCCUGCACCGGGCCCCUGAAACCCGGCGCCCCGACUCUGACCCGUGA